AUGUCUUCUUCUUUUGAUAGUUCCAGCUCUACAUUCGAUCUAUCGCGCAGAAGGUCUCUUUUAUCAGAUUCACCGAUAACGGGCGAAGCUGUUCGAAGAUCGGCACGCAGAGGCGGAAUAACAGGACAAACUUCUGGUCUUGCACCUUCAUACCUUCAAGCCAACCUUAUUGUUCUCCCUUCGCGUUAUGCCGACGACUUUACGCGAUUCUGCAAGAGAAACCCAGUACCAUGUCCUCUCAUUGCCAAAUCUGCCACUGUAGGAUCAUACGAUGCUCUCGAGUCAUGGAUUGAGGGGGUGGCAGAUGAAGAAUUGGCUGCAGAAAUCGAUAUUCGGACCGACGCUCCAAAAUACAUGGUAUACAAAGACGCCGAACUUGUGGGCGAUCAUAUUGAUGACAUAAAGACGCAUUGGACGGAGGAUCAUGUGGCAUUCUUGAUUGGGUGCUCAUACAGUUUUGAAGAUGCCCUCAAAACCGGUGGACUAAUACCUCGACACACCAAACAGAGUCGAAAUGUGCCAAUGUACAAGACUAAUCUAUCAUUGUGUCCGGCCGGAGUUUUUGAUCAGGGCACAUACGUGGUAUCUAUGAGGCCAUACAAGAAGGAUCAGAUUGAAAGGGUAAGAGAAAUCACAAGACCGUAUCUAGCUACCCACGGAGAACCAAUUGCUUGGGGAUGGGAAGCUGUCGAGAGAUUAGGUAUUAAGGAUAUCACCAAACCAGACUGGGGCGAUAGCUCUGUGAAUGAUGAUGGGGAUCCUCUGGUUUUCGUCAAGGGACGUGAAAACAAGUUUGUUCCGGUGUUUUGGGGAUGUGGUGUUACUCCGCAACACGCUGUCGUGAGCGCCGGCUUGAAGGGGGUUGUCAUGGGUCAUGCACCGGGACACAUGCUGGUCUUGGACUGUCGAGAUGAUGAUCUCGUCAAAAAUCGAUUCGACAGAGAGGUGUUUGCAACUAAAAAGGAAGCCUUGAUGACGGUGGUGAAGACGCAAGGUAUGUCAAUGGAAGAAUUCAAGAAGAAUCUGAGGACAGUAAAGGACGCCUAG